GCUGAAAAUUGCAGCCCAAGGUCCAAAAAAACAGUUAUUCCCUGGUCUGAAGAGACUUUUAUCUGAACAAGGUUAUCGAAAAUCAGACCCGGUGCGACAGACGCAAGAUUGCUCGCCCCCAGUAAAUAGCGCUGGCACUACAACCAGUCGACUCGAGGCGAAACCAUUCAUCAUGGGAGCAAUCGAGGACGCAGUAGAUUCCGCUGCCAACUUCAUCGGUCCAUUCGUUGACAAAGGCCGCAAAUACAGUGGCGAUGUGCCCACCUCGUCACUCAUCCAGCAAUCUCUUUCCCACCUUCAAGCCAUCAAUACUGCCGAUCUAGUCGCAGACCCAAACGCCCCUUAUGAUGCGUCUCUUGCAGGAGUGGUAUACGGCCUCCUGGAUCUCAUCAUCAUUCUUGCCGUCAUACCACGGUUGUCUCCAGGAGUAGCAUUUAGCCAGCGACCACGCUCGGUCCUGACUACGAUUGUCACCGCAUCACCUGACCACGAUAUGGAUGCUUUGGCUGUCAUGAUUGAAGGCAUCCUCCCGAUUCUAGAGCAAAAGGGCUCUGGUAUACAGCCACUUCUCUCCCAGAGGAUCCUUCCAGACGUCGUAUCCGCACUUGCUGAACUAUCCUUCUCGCCCUUUUCGUCUGAAGACACUAAAUUCAAGUUCUCGCCUAUUUACAAAAAGAUAAUGAUUGAGAUUCCAACAUCUCGACUUCUUCCGAUAUUAACGUCCUUUCUACAGCAACCUCUCCCCGAAUGGCUAAAACCUAUUAUUUCGAUGGAGCUGUCUAUGGUCCCGCUUCGGCAACAAGGCGUCCGACAUACCAUUGAGUUCCUGGCGCUCUCGUACCUUUCCAAGAACUCUCACAUCCCCGAGGGUGCGUCAGGCUCACAAUCUCAGAUUCCCAUUCCACUAGAAGCUAUCACGCAGGCGUCAAAGCUGCUUGUACUUCCGCCCAGCGGCAUUACACCAAAUGACUGGAUAGAAAGACUUGCACCUCAAUUGCUCCACCUGUUGAACGGCUGCGAAGGAAAAGAAUUGAGCCGAGCAGCAGGCCAGAUAAUCGCGGGUGGAAUACUCAGCAAGAAGACGACCGGAGCACCAGGUACUAUAGGAUGGAAAAUCUUUGUGGAACCUAUAUUCCAUGCAAUCUCUCCGAAGAAUACUCAAAUUUCAGUUUCCGAAGAGGGCAGGAAAGCUGACGUUGUCGUAAGAGAAGGUGAUCUCAAACCGGCACUCCGCCAACUCAACAAUAUUACAUGUUCAUAUUCUCACGCUGGCCUGAUCAAACGCCUCGUCACUCCGAUGCUGCUUCCCCUAUGGGCGCUUCUCAACUAUGCUAAGCGCAGACCCUCACUUGACAAAGAGUGGACAGCGCUUCCAAAAUCAAUCAUAUCACGAUAUGUAGAGAUGGCCUGUGACGCGAAGCAAAUUGACAACAUGGCACGUCAUAUCUUUUGGGACGGGGACACUACAUGGACCUUUGGCCCUGGCUCUGAAGGUGGUGUUGAAAUACGGCGGCGCACAAACGGCCAGUCUGAGAACAAUACAGCAGGCAUGGAGGGAAUUCUUGGGCAAAUUGGCGACCUGGAUAACCGGGUCAACCUGUUAGUGUCUCUCUUGUCAGAAGCGAGUGUCUCCGGAGAUGUCGCAAGCUCUGUCUUUCUUAGUACAACGAAGCGGUGGCUUGAACCCGCGAAGCCAGCAGCCGAGUCCCUCACGGAUGAAGAUUUCAUCGGCGAUCCUCUCUCAGCAUUGGUGGAUGCGAAACUGUCUGAAUCUCUGGCCAGGCAGUUCCAAGAGCAUUUCGCGAGAAGCCCACAGCACAUUACUGAGCUCAUGGCACAGCUGAUUGAGAAUUUUGUCGAGCAUAAGAAGUCCUUGUUUAGUGCAAGCAAGUCACGCAUGUCACAACGCGCCAUGCUUGGCAACAUUGUGCAAAAGCAAGCUACAACAAGGGAGAAAAACGAAGAUGAUGCUGUGAACGAGGACCUGGUUUCGUUUGCCUUGAGUAUUUUGAAUACAAUGGUGGCGUCGCCCGAUUUUCAGAAGACGCCUUUGGUCAAGGAAAUGUUGCUUGCACUUUUGCCAUCAUUGGCAUAUCUCUCGGAAUAUCGGAACCAAACGCAAUCGCCUAUACCGUCCAUGAUUAGCAACUCCUCUACCAUCCUUUUCCAGCUCAUCGCUCCCACCACUGCCAAUUCUCCGUCCACUAAAGCCAGACUUGCGACGAAUGUGCCUGUCGAUCUCUUGGCAGAACACCGCGCUGCACUAAGGACCUGCCUCGAGGAACUUCAGUCAACGGACCCGCCAAACCGUACCUGGGCUCUCAACACUAUACACUCGAUGCUCAAAAACCCAGCUGCGUUCCCAGUCAUCGACAUACCAUCUCUUACACAUAUCUUGCUUUCAUCUUCGUUGGCCGAUCCCGAGUCAUACGUCCAUUUAGCGGCAAUACCUGUUCUCGUCACAUUAGCAGCGCGAGUACCGAAGCCUGUUGUCGGGAUCCUGGUUGAUGCAUUCGUGGAUGUUGAUGAACGAUCUUUGAAGCUCACAAGGGGGAAGCAGACAGAGCAGAAGGAAAGAGAGUUGAGGAAUGCUUUAGACUUGAGACUACGGGUUGGUGAAGUCCUCAACACAUUUGCGGGUAGCAAUGUCUCGUGGGUCUCGCAUGCGAAAGAUGGAACGAUGUAUAGGUGCGCAAAACAAAUUACAGAGGCAUGUCUAUUGUUGUCAGGUCGACGAGGGCAACGCGUGCAGACACUUUCAAUGCGAAAUGAGGUUGCAGACAGCGAGCGGAGGUUGAAGGAGGAAGGUGAGGCAGCCUGGGGUGGUCCGAUACCGAAUGUUUUUGAGCCUGAUGGUGCGGACCCGCAAGAGCAAGCAGACUACACUGCUCUACAAAAGAUUGUCAGUGGGUGGGAAAACACGGGAAUCGAGGAAGAUGUUAGAAUGCGCGCUUCUGCACUCAGCGUUCUGUCGACUCUGCUGGAGUACCGACUCGAGGUGCUACGGCAGCCUUUGAUUGAUGCAUCGCUGCAGAUGGUAUUGCUCAUACUAGGGUUAGAGAAAGAUGAUGCAAAGGCUUUGCUACGGCGUGCUGGUGUUCUUGUUAUCAUGGGAUUACUACGCGGCAUUGACGCGGCAAUCGAGGCUGGAAAGGAGGGUAUGGUCGCACUAAACUUGAAGCAACAGCAGGAAAUAGAGCGAGUGACCAGAUGGGUGAAGGAUGAAGACACAGAUGAACUUGUGCGAGACCAUGCAUCAAGUGUAGUAGAGGGAUUGGAGACGUUGAGAAUGAAGGAGCUGUACAGAGUGCGAGAAAGGGGAUUAAAUCUCGAUGGAAAUCUUGGGCUGGAAGGUAACCUAAGAGGGCUUGAAAUACAACCGGGAGAAGGCAAGAAGAAAGAAAAGAGGAUAAUGGUAGAGGAGAUAGAGUAGCUCCGAAAGACAAGAAUCAUGAUGGUAUUCUAGACGCUUCGUUUUGGAGGCUGUCUGCUGAGUUGGCCAGCUCGUGCCUACGUCGAGUAGCG